CCAGACUUUCUUCUUCUCCCUCCCCUCCAAACCGGUGCGAGACGAGAAAAACCCUGGAGGUGCUGCAGGUGCAGAGCCAACGCAAAGUUCCAGUGACACACUAACACUCGCCCCGUCACUUCACUGUCGAGUAUGGCGGCAACGGGCUAUGCUCUUCUCUCCGCUGCAAUGGCACUAUUCAUAUGCUUGCCAUCAAUCACCGCUGCCGAUUUAAUACAAGGCUGCGGUGGAUUUGUUGAGGCGAGUCGAGCACUGAUCAAAUCCAGGAAGGAGUCGGACGGGAAGUUGGACUAUUCUCAUAUAUCGGUUGAGCUUAGGACAUUGGAUGGCUUGGUGAAAGAUAGAACACAAUGUGCUCCAAAUGGUUAUUACUUUAUACCCGUAUAUGACAAGGGUUCAUUUAUUCUCAAAGCAAGGGGACCAGAGGGAUGGUCGUGGGAUCCAGAACAAGUUCGGGUUCUUGUUGAUCACACUGGUUGCAAUGCCAAUGAAGAUAUUAAUUUUCAGUUCACAGGGUUUACUGUAUCUGGGAGAAUUGUGGGAGGUGUGGGUGGGGAUAGUUGUACACAGAAGUAUGGAGGUCCACCUAAUGUGAAGGUUGAGCUUUUGUCUCCCGGAGAUGGUGUUAUUUCAUCAGUAUUAACAACUUCUUCUGGAACAUAUUCCUUCACUAAUGUUAUUCCUGGGAAGUAUAAAUUGCAAGCAUCCCGCCAUGAUUUGAAUAUUCAAGUCAGAGGUGCAGCUGAGGUUGAUCUGAAUUUUGAAAAUGCCAUGGUGGAUGAGUUUUUCUUUGUCCCUGGCUAUGAUAUCCGUGGAUCUGUUUUAGCUCAGGGAAAUCCCAUUUUGGGAGUUCAUAUUUAUUUACAUUCAGACGAUGUGUCAAUGGUUGAUUGCCAUGAUGAUCUUGGUAAUAGACCUCGUGAUCCUGCACAAGGAGCAGCUUUGUGUCAUGCUGCAACAGACACUGAUGGAACUUUCACAUUUAAAUCAGUUCCGUGUGGGCUGUACAAGCUUAUACCGUUCUACAAAGGUGAAAACACCAUUUUUGAUGUUUCACCAUCUUCUCUGCUAGUUAGUGUAAAUCAUGACCACACAAUAGUCCCCCAAAAAUUCCAGGUCACUGGAUUUUCUGCUGGUGGCCGUGUAGUUGAUGCCAAUGGUGAGGGAGUGGUUGGUGUCAAAGUUAUAGUUGAUGGUCAUGAAAGAUCAAUAACUGACAAUGAAGGAUAUUACAAGCUUGACCAGGUCACAUCAAAACGUUACAAUUUGGAGGCAAAGAAGGAGCACUACAGGUUUAACAAACUGAAUGACUUUUUGGUUUUACCAAAUAUGGCUUCAAUUGCUGAUAUCAACGCCUUGUCAUAUGAUGUAUGUGGGAGUGUUCGGACUCUUAAUAGCGACUAUGCAGCUAAGGUAACUCUAACUCAUGGACCAGAAAACAUGAAACCUCAAGUGAAAAAGACGGAUCAGAGUGGAAAUUUUUGUUUUGAGGUUACGCCAGGGGAAUACCGUUUAUCUGCAAUUGCAGCAACACCUGAAAAUUUUCCAGAUCUUUUAUUCUCCCCUCCUCAUGUUGACAUUUCAGUCAGAAAGCCAGUAUUAGACAUUGAAUUUAAACAGGUGCAAGUGAGUAUAGCAGGAUCUGUUGUAUGCAAAGAGAAGUGUGGUUCUUCUGUUUCUCUUACUCUUGUGCACCUGGAAGGCAACCACAAGGAUCAGAGGAAGCUAACACAUUUGACAAAUGACAGCAAUGAAUUUAUUAUCUCAAAUGUCCUUCCUGGUAAAUAUAGGGUUGAGGUCAAGAACCCCUUAGUAGCACUUUCUGGGGAAGAUAGAUGGUGCUGGGAUGAAAGUUUUAUCAAUAUUAAUGUUGGGACCAAUGAUGUUAAAGGACUAUCAUUUGUACAGAAGGGGUACUGGGUUAAUAUUAUUUCAAGUCAUGAGGUAGAUGCUUUCCUCACACAAGACGGUUCUGUUGUGAACUUCAAGAUAAAGAAGGGAUCUCAGCAUUUAUGUGUGGAAUCUCCCGGAGUGCAUGAGCUGAAUUUUCAUAAAUCAUGUAUUUCCUUCAGGAGCUCCUCUCUGAUAAUUGAUACUUCCGAUCCAUUGCCAAUCUCUUUGAAAGGAGAGAAAUAUCUUCUGAAGGGUCAUCUUCACGUUGACCCAAGUUCGCUUAGUGGUUCACAAAAUAUGCCCCAAAACAUUCAAGUUGAUGUAUUAGACACUGAAGGUUCUGUGAUUGGUCGUAUUGCUGCAAUCCCUAGCCAUAAUGAUAUUAAUCAAUCUGUUACUGUUUAUGAAUAUUCAACAUGGGCAAUACCAGGAGAUAAAUUCAUUUUUGUUCCUCAAGACUCUCGGGGUGAUGGGGAAAAAAAGAUACUGUUCUACCCCAGACAACAGCAUGUUUCUUUGAUGCAAGAGGAUUGCCCCCCAGUAAUUCCCCCAUUCUAUGGUCGCAUAGGAUUAUAUAUUGAAGGAUCAGUCUCACCCCCCCUGUCUGACAUUAACAUCAAAAUCAUUGCUGCGGGGGAAAGCCAUAGUGCUCCUCUCAAGCAAGGGGAUGUAGCAGCUGAAGCUAGUACAGGGGUAGACGGAUUUUAUGUUGCAGGGCCUUUAUAUGAUGAUGUUAAUUACCACGUCGAAGCUUCAAAGUCUGGUUAUCAUAUAAAGCCUGUAGGGCCUCAUUCAUUUUCUUGUCAGAAGCUUGGUCAAAUAUAUGUGCGCAUUUAUUCAAAUGAAGAUAUAAGAGAGCCUUUUCCAUCAGCCCUCUUGUCGUUGAGCGGGGAAGAUGGUUAUAGGAACAAUUCAGUAACCGGUGUUGGCGGAACUUUUAUUUUUGACAACUUAUUUCCAGGGAGUUUUUAUCUCCGGCCUCUGCUUAAGGAGUAUGCUUUCUCACCUCCUGCACAGGCAAUUGAACUUGUUUCUGGUGAAUCCAAAGAGAUAGUUUUUCAUGCUACUCGAGUUGCAUACAGGUAUACCGUAUACAUACAAAAUUGGUCGUUAUACUCACCCCUUCAAAAAGUCCGUAGGUAGUAUUAACCCGAGUCUAGGAAAUCUAAACAUUUUAAAAGUUUUGCCAAUAUUUGAGUCUAGAAUUUGAAAUGUAUAUAUGUUUAACAUUUUACAUGAAAACGUCCAUGCUAUGGAGACGAUUUAAUACAUUUCAAGAACAUAUAAAUAGUUAAGCACAACAAUUCAUAUUCGUCUGAUACAUGACUCAAAUGAUGUCUCAACGUUUAUGAAAAUAUUGCAAAAUGGCAUUGUAUUAAUCAUAGAAACCGUAGAAAACAUUAAACCCCUUACAUAUUAGGUUGUGACUCACAACGAAGUGCACUUCAAGUGGUCAAACACUUGAUGCACACGUGACAUGUCAUGGGUUGUAGCCCAUGCACCAAUGUUACUCUCCCGAAAGAGGAGGCCACUUUCAUGCUGCUGAGUUACUGAACUUAUUGGUGCACGAAAAGGCGAGAAGCAAAGAUCAUCAUUGAAUUAGCAUUUAAUUGCUUCAGUCACGUGUCACUACCAGGCCGGUAGCGGGGCUACAACCAAAAGUCUAUAGUUCAUGGUGGGGUCAAAUGGUUCCAUCACCCUCCGCACCAUAUAGAAAAUGACAGUAAAAUUAUAUCUUAUUG